GCGGAGGCGGGGCGUGCGGGAAAGGGAGGCAUGGCGUGUGGCUUUCGUAGGUCGAUCGCCUGUCAGCUUUCCAGAGUAUUGGCUCUUCCACCCGAAAGCUUGAUCAAGUCAAUAUCUGCUGUUCCAGUUUCAAAAAAAGAAGAAGUGGCAGAUUUUCAGCUUUCUGUGGAUUCCUUACUAGAAGACAACAAUCACAAGUCACAACUAGACACUCAAGACCACGCCAGGAGAUUGGCAGAGAAGCUUAAGUGUGAUACAGUGGUGACAGCCAUCAGUGCUGGUCCAAGGACUCUAAAUUUCAAAAUAAACAGAGAAUUAUUAACAAAGGCAGUAUUGCAACAAGUUACUGAAGAUGGCUGUAAAUAUGGGUUAAAAAGUGAACUUUUCUCAGAUCUACCCCAGAAGAGGAUUGUGGUUGAAUUCAGUUCACCUAAUAUUGCCAAAAAAUUUCAUGUUGGACAUUUGCGCUCCACCAUCAUAGGAAAUUUUAUAGCAAAUCUAAAAGAAGCUUUAGGACAUCAAGUAACAAGAAUAAAUUACAUUGGAGAUUGGGGCAUGCAGUUUGGUCUGCUGGGAACUGGUUUCCAGCUGUUUGGCUAUGAAGAGAAACUCCAGACCAAUCCUUUACAGCAUCUCUUUGAUGUUUAUGUACAAGUUAAUAAAGAAGCAACAGAUGAUAAAAAUGUAACAAAAUUGGCACACGAAUUCUUCCACCGACUAGAAAUGGGUGACACGCAGGCACUGUCACUGUGGCAGAGAUUCCGAGACUUGAGCAUUGAAGAGUACACCCAGAUUUACAAGCGUCUUGGAAUAUACUUUGAUGAAUAUUCAGGAGAAUCAUUUUAUCGUGAAAAAUCUCAAGAUGUCUUAAAGUUGCUUGACAGCAAAGGACUUCUACAGAAAACAGCAAAGGGAAAUGUUGUAGUAGAUCUCUCUGGGACUGGAGACCUCUCUUCUGUCUGCACUGUGAUGCGAAGUGAUGGAACCUCUCUCUAUGCAACCAGGGACCUUGCAGCUGCUAUACAUCGCAUGGACAAGUACAAUUUUGACACAAUGAUUUAUGUCGCAGACAAAGGGCAAAGAAGGCAUUUUCAGCAAGUGUUCCAACUGCUGGAGAUGAUGGGAUACGACUGGGCGGAAAGGUGCCAGCAUGUACCCUUCGGGAUAGUAAAGGGAAUGAAGACUCGAAGAGGAGAUGUCACUUUUCUGGAAGAUGUCUUAAAUGAGGUUCAAUCAAGGAUGCUACAGAACAUGGCUUCCAUUAAGACCACAAAACAAUUGGAGAACCCUCAGGAGACAGCAGAGAGGGUGGGGCUUGCCGCUGUCAUCAUCCAGGACUUCAGAGGCGCGCUCUUAUCCGACUAUCAGUUCAGUUGGGAUCGUGUUUUCCAGAGUCGUGGGGACACUGGAGUCUUCCUGCAGUACACCCAUGCCCGCCUCUGUAGUUUGGAAGAGACUUUUGGAUGUGGGUAUCUCAAUGACUUGAAUGUUGCUUGUUUACAAGAGCCGCAGUCUGUUUCGAUUCUCCAGCAUCUUCUCAGGUUCGAUGAGGUACUUUACAUGUCGUCUCAGGACCUACAGCCGAAGCACAUUGUUAGCUACCUCCUAACUCUAAGUCACCUUGCAGCUGUGGCACAUAAAACACUCCAGGUGAAAGCCAGUCCUCCUGAUGUGGCUGGGGCCAGACUUCACCUUUUCAAAGCCGUCCGUUCUGUCUUAGCCAAUGGAAUGAAACUUCUUGGAAUUACACCUGUAUGUAGAAUGUAAUUUCUAGAUAAAUAUGUUUUUUAUGCAAAUAAGUUCUAGUUGUUAUCAGAUACCUUGCUGUUCAGAAUAGAAUUUAAAGUAUUAUUCUGUCCCAGAA